AUGGUUUCUGAGGAAGCGAGCAAAAGACGUAGUUUUGGAGGCAACGAGGCCGAGGUAUUGCUUAGUUUGUUGACUGAGGAAUUAGGUGAAGAGUGUUCUGAUCUAAGAGAGGAAAAUAAAAGACUAAUCAAGAAGGUAGUAGUGGAGAAAAAGGUAAAUGGUGAGACUAUUAAUAGGCGUAAGAGCAAGAUGAAAAGAGUCGACACGGGUGUUCCCAAGAGUGAGUCAAAGUAUGAAUCAGUUGUUUUUAGGUCCAAGGAGGAGGAUAAGAGGAGGAAAGAAGAAAUGAUUAGGAUAGAAAGAGAUAGAGAAGAUCUACGAAGAAAAGAAAAUUUGAAAGUGCGGCAAAAGGAAGAAGAAAGGGAAGCUUUGUUGAGAAAAGAGAGUGGAAAUGCUAGGGCAAAUGAAGAAGAGAGGGAAACUUUGUUGAGAAAAGAGAACUGGAAGGUGAGGGCAAGGGAGGAAGAGAGAGAUGAUUUGGUCAAAAGAGAGGAACACCGGGAGAGGAUGAGGAGAGAUGGUUCUAGUUGCUCUUCGUACUAUUCCUUGUCUUCGACUGGUGAGUACAAUAGCGAUACUGAAAUUGAGGUUACAGGAGAGGGUUUGGAAGUAGAAUUAUCAAACAUGUAUGAGAAGGAUUCAAAAAGGAGCCAUAAAAUCGUCAGUGAAGUUGUGAAAGAGGACUAUGGGGUUGACAUGAGAAAGAAACCUUCUGAAAUAGGUUCGUAUGCUGGUUCUAGUAGUGCUGAGUCAGACUUCAGAAAGAAAUCAGAGAAGAAGCUUACUGAUGUAUUGAUUGAAGAGACAGAGCCUAAAAGGGGAGCCUUCCAAAAGGAUUCUAGCCUUUUGGAGGUUCAUGAACGUGGUUAUGGGAAGACUUUUGGUACCUUCAAGAGUUAUGAUGAUAGGUUGGUAAAAUCAACUUCUGGUAUAAAGUUUGAUGAGGGAAGAAGACAACAGCAGAGGCAAACAGGUAAUGAAGUUAUGGGGCAGUCCGAAACAAGAAUAAAGCAUAAACAAUUUAUGGAAAUGCCUGAUAGCCCUGAUGACGAAGUUGUAACCUCUUAUGGCUCUCAAAAGCUAUACAGUGGCAGGGAGGAGAGGUCUGCCAAAGUUUCUAGUUUAAGUUCAGAAGCAAAAAGAGAACAUCAAACAAUGGUUGGACUUGACACCAGAGAAGAUGAAUUUUCGGGGAAUACUCGCAAGGUUUCUGAAGCAUCGAAAGUUCAAGAGAUCGAUGCCAAAAAGACCUCUAUAUCUCAGAGGCUGUCUGAAACUAGAAUGAAGAAAGAGGAAGGAUGUUCAACUGAUGUCAUUACUUCAAAUUAUGAUCCAGAAAAGAAACAACAGUCUGACCAGGUUACCAGGCUAAAGGACGAAAGAAGAAAAUCCCAACAAUUGACUAGAAAGGGAAGCAGUUUGCAAUCAGAUAGCAGGAUUAUAACACAAGAAGAGAAUGUUAACUUAACGAAUGACUCAUAUACAGAGUCCAAAGGGCAACACUUUCAAACACACGCAGAAAGCUUCGGAAAAACAAAUGUCAGAAUUGGAACACAACAAAUGACUAACGAAACAGUCACACAUUCUGGUGGUUUAAUUGGUGCAAAAGAUGGAAUCAAGACAAAAUCAGAGACACUAGUGACACCUCCACCUUCUCAGUUAGAAGCUAGAGAUAAAUCGCACGUUGAAUCAAUGAGUGGGCUCGCGAUUGAGGAGGUGACUGGUGGAAGUUUAGAAAGUGGCUCUACUGCAUUACAUAAACGUGUCUUAGGGAGGCCUCCAGCAUUGCAUCAUGAAAAAUAUGAAGGGGCCAAGAACAAUGAAGCUAAAGAACAGCCUGCUAUGUUCAUCUCCAAUGAAGAUGCAAUUGGUUCAGCUGAGCAAUUACAGAAAUCGUCUACACACUAUGUUAGUGAGUUUGUUGAGAAGGUAAGGCAUGAAAUUUCAACUUCUGAAAUCCAGGAGGAGAAGAAAACUUAUGAAUCUAAGUUUGUGCACGAGGAGGAGCAAAGUAACCGAAAGGGUUCGAGUCAAUAUGUUUCUCUAGAGUCUGAAUCUGAGGAGCAUCACUCAAGGCAUCCCUCUAGGGGUUCUAAAACAAAGGGACCGUCAGAUGAAACAUGGGAGGUUGAUGAACCAUCUGUUCAGGAGCAUUCUAAGACAGAAGUACAGGACAAUGCAAGCAAAGCUGAGAAUGCAAUUGUCAAAAGAUCUGGCCGGUCCUUGUGGAAUAUCAUUGGUGAUAUUUUUCGUUUGAAGUGGUCUACACGCUCUGAAAGCCAUUGCACAGGUGGAAAGGCAGGUGGGGUUUCACCCAAUCAGUCUACAAGUAGUGAUGCAUGGUUUUCUGGUCGUGAAGCUGAAGAAGAUGAAGGAGUGAGUGGAAGAAAAGAAAAAAAGGUGACACAAGAACCUGCAUCCAUCCACCAAAAACUAGAAAAGACUAUUACUCCAAGUAAAGAAGACAGUUCCAGGACCUCAACUGUAGAGGCCUAUGCAAAGCAUGUAGGAGUGGAUACUCUAUCCUCUUCAACUGUUCUAGAAAGUGGUUCAGCAUCUAUGACCAUUUCUUUGCCUUCCAGUGAAGAAACUUCCAAAAGUAACUUUGAAGGUUCUUCUUCCGGUGCUCCAGUAUCAGAGUCCUUAAUACCAUUGCCUGCAAUGCGUCUCCAAAGAUCUCCCACUGUGAAAGAAAUUUCUGGGGCUGCAGAAGCUGGUUCAUCUGGUGGUGACACAAGUGCACAACCAGUUUCCUCUGAUUUGAUGGAAAAAUCAAGGCCAGAGGUUAAUGCUAAAUUGAAACAGAGGAAACUUCAGAGGAAAGACCAAAUCCCGAAAGAUAGAUUUGAUGAAUGGGAAGAAGCAUAUAGGGUCGAAGCAGAGCAGAGAAAAAUCGAUGAAAUGUUUAUGAGGGAAGCACUUAUGGAAGCCAAAAAAGCUGCUGACAACUGGGAGGUGCCUGUUGGGUCUGUACUGGUGCAGGGUGGAAAGAUUAUUGCUCGUGGAUGCAACUUGGUAGAAGAGUUACGUGACUCCACUGCCCAUGCAGAAAUGAUCUGCAUACGAGAGGCUUCAAACAUGCUCCGGACAUGGAGGCUUUCAGAAACUACACUUUAUGUUACUCUUGAACCAUGUCCAAUGUGCGCUGGAGCAAUACUUCAAGCUAGAAUUGACACUGUUGUAUGGGGAGCCCCCAAUAAGCUACUGGGAGCUGAUGGCAGCUGGAUUAGGCUUUUCCCUAGUGGAGAUGGUGGAAAUGGAUUGGAACAAACAGACAAACCAGCUGCUCCAGUUCACCCGUUCCACCCCAAAAUAACAAUUCGACGAGGAGUAUUGGCAUCAGAGUGUGCAGACGCUAUGCAACGGUUCUUUCAGUUGAGGAGAAGGGAGAAGGAGAAGAAAUCUGAGCCUCCCACACCACCUCCGUGCCUUCCCAUUUCACACCGUCCCACGAAGUUCUUCACCAAGAUGCACGAUGCCUUCAACAUCAUGUUUUGUUUGUAA